AUGAUGAAGGUGUUUCUCUCUGUGCUGCUGGCUGCUGUGGUCUAUGCUGAGCUAGCCCAAGCUUUGCGGUGUUACUCUUGCAGUGAGCCUACAAGCCCUAACAAAUGCCUGAAUGUGGCCAACUGUUCAACAAAUGACACCAUGUGCAAGACGACAAUGUACUCCCUUGAGGAAGUGUAUCCUUUCACGGGCGACGCAACUGUCACACGAUCUUGUUCUCCAAAAUGCGUCCCGUCUGACGUGGACGGGAUUGGUAUGACACGGCCAGUUACAUGCUGCAACAAGGACCUCUGCAACCACGACGGGGCAGCCAGCAUUCAGAUCAGCUACAUCAUGGUGGUGUCUUCAGCUGCUUCCUUCUUCAUCCUUCUCAGGACUGGACUGUGA